AGUGUGCUGUGGUUUAACCCCCCUCCCCUACCCGUUUAACCUACAAAUCCUAAAAUUAAUGUGAAAAAUAUUUUUUUAGAUAUUUGAUAAUUAAUUUGAGUUAUUAAUUUUCUCAAUGGCUUUGUGGCCGAAAAAAGCAUUCCUGGAGGCAAUAAAUCCUUUAAUUCAGUGUAGAAGAUUUAGGGGGAAAAUAAAUGUCCAGAAACCAAAACCUCCCCAUUUCGAAAAGGCUAAAUUCUUAGCUUUAACCAAGCCAUGGUUUAUUAGUCCGUAUAAAGAUAAAACCUCGGCCGAACUCUGUAAAUUUAAUGUUAAGGUUAAUAAAGAUGAAGAAGAGUUCAAUCCAUUACAGAAGAUUUAUGCAAAAGAAAUAUAUGAUAGACUUACCUCCUCUAAAUUAAUUGUUUUCUUUCAUUAUAAUUCUAUGAAAGCUGACGAAGAAUUCAAAUAUUAUGCCAUGUAUAAGAAACAGGGAAUGGAAUUAAAGAAGUAUGGAAAAAAAUUAAUUAAGGCUACUGUAAAAGGAACACCUUAUGAGGCUAUUUUAGAUUUCUAUGUUACUCAACACAACAUUAUGUUAUUCUGUCCGGAAGCUGAGAUUAGCAAAGUUUUGAAAAUAAACAGGAAAUGUUCUCAACUUGUUUUGUUGGCUGCAAUUUUGGAAAACAGACUAAUCAGCAAAGAUGAUCUUCUAAAGUACAGUAAGAUUCCAAAUGUAGAAACAGCUCAAGCAGAACUUGUUCAAACUAUGAAUAGAAUGGGAAGUCAACUAGUCAGUGAUUUAAAUGCACAUCAAACCACCUUAGUUUCUAAUUUAGAAGAGAGAAUCAAACAGUUAGGGGUAGAUGAUAAAUAAUUUUAUACUUUUGUUAAGAUAUUAUUGUUUUUAAUUAUAAUUAAAUACAGUUAGUUACAUAAUAUGUUAAUAUGUUA